AUGGGCGCCACCGAACCAGACCCGUUCGCCAUCUUCCAUGCACCACCUCCCGACGAGACGCCAGGCGAAAGGGCAGAACGGGAGGCAAAGGAAGUGGAGGCGAAGCGGGUUAGCGACGUAAUCGACGAUCGGCUCAGAGCAGAGAAGCUGGCGUUGAAGAAGGACAAGUACGUUGUGCGGGUGCUGCUGUUGGGGCAGGCGGAGAGCGGCAAGUCAACAACGCUCAAGAACUUUCGCAUGUGCUACGCUCGAGCCGCCUGGGAUGCUGAGCGAGGCUCCUGGCGGUCCGUUAUCCAGCUCAACAUUCUCCGCUCAAUCACCACCAUCGUCGAAGUCCUGCAGGCCGAGAUGGACGACGAACCCAUCGAGCCCGACACUCCCACAAUGCCCUUCUCUCCUUUAACCCCCAACACACCCUUCUUCGAACCUCCGCGCCCUGAACCGCCCGCCCUUGGUACGAAGACACACCCGAUCUCGAAGCAGCCGCUAUCGAGCCUCCUUACGGAUAAGCACCAGCUCCUGAAGCACCGCCUCGGUCCACUACGAAGAGUGGAAACGGACCUGAAGCGGAGGCUCGGGGAGGGCGCAGUGGAGGAGGUCGAUGGUGCUGCCACGAACCUCGGUGCUCUUGGCUUCCGCCUCGACCCCGACUCGGGUUCGCUAGUGAGGAAACAGAAGGGCGAGUGGGGCGUGCGUCGUCUGCAAGAUGCGCUCGAGAAGGGGUCCACGGCCCGUGUGGGUAGUCUGCGCGGCCAUGAGAGUAACGAUGGCGGUGGAGAGGGCGGAGAGGAUGCCACGGACAUCAUUGCGGGCUGUAGGGAGGAUAUGAAGGCGCUGUGGUCGGACGAGGUGGUUAGAGUGGUGUUGAAGAAGAGAAAGCUGCGGCUGGAAGACUCGGCGGGAUUCUUCCUCGACGACCUCGAUCGCAUAGCCCAGCGAAACUACGAGCCCUCAGACGACGAUGUCGUCCGCGCUCGUCUACGUACCCUCGGUGUACAAGAAUAUCGCAUUUCAUUUGAACCCCAAAACACCGGCAUUUUCGCAGAACGUAUUCCAAUCUUGGAAGCAGGUGGAAUUGGGGGUGAUGCGGGAAAGGAGUGGCUGUUGUACGACGUUGGAGGAUCGCGAACAGUGAGACACGCAUGGUUGCCGUACUUCGACAACGUCCAGGCUAUCAUCUUUCUGGCUCGUGCGUCUCCUCACUCACCUUUCAUCGUCGUCUUUCCUCACAACUCAACGCCGACAGCUGUCUCCUGCUUUGACGAACGGUUAGCGGAAGAUUCAAAGAUCAACCGCCUCGAAGACUCCUUCCUGCUCUGGAGAUCCGUGUGCGGCUCAAAGCUACUCGCGAAAGCCAGCAUGAUCCUAUUCCUCAACAAGUGCGACCUGCUCAAGAAGAAACUCAAGUCGGGCGUUCAGGUGAAGACACACCUACCGAGCUACGGGGAGCGGCCGAACGAUGUGAACGCCGUUCUCAAAUACCUGAAGGGAAAGUUCAGGGACAUCCUGAGACAGCAGUCGCCCGAACUGCGGCAGAGCUAUUUCUAUGCCACGACGGUCAUCGAUACGAAGGCCACUGCGGCGACGAUCAAAGCAGUGAAAGACAGUAUCCUGCGGGAUUACCUCAAAAGCGCCGACCUUUUCUGA